CCCGGCCAGACCAGCAUCCCUGGAUGCCCAGCUCCCUCUUCCCCUGGCACCAGUUGCACGAGGACAGCCCCAGAUGGCUCCCUGGCCUGGGGACAAAGGCCACACUGUGCCCGGCCUGGGGCUGGCCUCAGGCUGGGUCACACUGAGCCAUUCUGUCCCCAGAUGGGGGUGAGGGGCAGACAGCAACAAGGUGACAGGCCUUUUUCCUGUCUCCCUUCCCCAUUGACCCCCCAAAAUUGAAGAGCUGAUUCUCUCCAGGGAAAAGUGACAGAGGCAUCUUAUGUCUUGAGCCAGGGGACAACAGAGAGCAUUCACGACUCGGUCUGCCCUGUCACACCCAAGACCCUGCUGGGUUCAAUGCCCCGAUUGUCCCCAGCAGAGCAAGGCGUCCACUCUCUGCUGUGGUCACCACCCCUGCCGCCUGCCUUGCUGUCGCCAUCAUCACCGUCUUCAGUUCCAGAAUCUGACAGGGAGACCCAGGAAUCUGAAUUUUUAAAAAUCCUCCCUGGUGCUACUGAGGUUCAACAACUCUGUAGACAACUGACCUGUCCAGUGGGGACAUCUCCACUCUCCUGUCCUGCUGGGAAAUGUCCGGCAACGGGCCCCACCGCCCGGGCCCCGCUGACCAUGAACAAGAUGAAGAACUUCAAGCGUCGUCUCUCCUUGUCCGUGCCGCGCACCGAGACCAUCGAGGAGUCCUUGGCCGAGUUCACAGAGCAGUUCAACCAGCUCCACAACCGGCGCAAUGAGGACCUGCAGCUUGGGCCUCUUGGCAGAGACCCCCAGCCGGAGUCCAGCACCUUCUCCCCGACGGACAGUGGGGAGGACCCUGGGCAGCUGUCCCCCGGCAUGCAGUACCGGCGGCAAAACCAGCGCCGCUUCUCCAUGGAGGACAUCAGUAAGAGGCUGUCUCUGCCCAUGGACAUCCGCCUACCCCAGGAAUUCCUGCAGAAGCUACAGCUGGAGAGUCCGGACCUACCCAAGCCGCUCAGCCGCAUGUCCCGCCGAGCAUCCUUGUCAGAUAUCGGCUUUGGAAAACUGGAAACGUAUGUGAAACUGGACAAACUGGGGGAGGGAACCUAUGCCACGGUCUUCAAAGGGCGCAGCAAGCUGACGGAGAACCUCGUGGCCCUGAAGGAGAUCCGGCUGGAGCACGAGGAGGGGGCACCUUGCACGGCCAUCCGAGAGGUGUCUCUCCUGAGGAACCUAAAGCAUGCCAAUAUUGUGACCCUGCAUGACCUCAUCCACACGGAGCGGUCUCUCACCCUGGUGUUUGAGUACCUGGACAGUGACCUGAAGCAGUAUCUGGACCACUGCGGAAACCUCAUGAGCAUGCACAAUGUCAAGAUUUUCAUGUUCCAGCUGCUCCGGGGCCUUGCCUACUGCCACCGCCGCAAAAUCCUGCACCGAGACCUGAAGCCGCAGAACCUGCUCAUUAGCGAGAGGGGGGAGCUGAAGCUGGCUGACUUCGGGCUGGCGCGGGCCAAGUCAGUGCCCACGAAGACCUACUCCAAUGAGGUGGUGACCCUGUGGUACAGGCCUCCUGAUGUGCUGCUGGGGUCUACCGAGUACUCCACCCCCAUUGAUAUGUGGGGCGUGGGCUGCAUCCACUACGAGAUGGCCACGGGGAGGCCCCUCUUCCCCGGCUCCACGGUCAAGGAGGAGCUGCACCUCAUCUUCCGACUCCUCGGGACCCCUACGGAAGAGACGUGGCCCGGCGUGAUGGCCCUGUCCGAGUUCAGAGCCUACAACUUCCCGCGGUACCUCCCGCAGCCACUCAUCAGCCAUGCUCCCAGGUUGGACACAGAUGGCAUCCACCUUCUGACCAGCCUCCUCCUGUACGAAUCCAAGAGUCGCCUGGCAGCAGAGGCAGCCCUGAACCACCCCUACUUCCGGUCUCUGGGAGAGCGUGUGCACCAGCUUGAAGACACGGCGUCCAUCUUCUCCCUGAAGGAGAUCCAGCUCCAGAAGGACCCGGGCUAUCGGGGCCUGGCCUUCCAGCAGCCAGGCCGAGGGAAGAGCCGGCGGCAGAGCAUCUUCUGAGCCGGGCCCACCCUGCUGCAGCCCCAGGGACGAAAGACGAGAGUUCUCGGAGAGCACGAGGACGGACAGGAGGGGGCCUGCAUGGCCCUGGGAGGACUGAGGAACAAGGGCUAAUGGCCGGCCCAGAAGACUUCUUGGCAGCCCUGCUGGCCACGGCUGUUUCCUCUUCCUGCUUCCCACAUGCCUCCCCUGUGGCCUUCUCCUCGACACCCACCCCUCUGUCGCUGGCCCCGGAGCUGGGCCUGAGCUGCUUUCCUGGGAGGAGAUGAGGGGCAGGGAGGGACCACCGACCCUUUCCCACCCCGAGGUGCUUGGGCACCAGUGUAGGACCCACAUGGACGGGAGAAUCCGGGUGCCCGGCUGAGCAGGGUGCACUGAAUGUGGGUCCUACCAUAGCUCCUGCCAGGGGCUGCCUGGCACACGUCACUCUCUUUCUUCCCCUCUGAGAGCAGAAAGCGCAGGGCACUUGUCUGGGACUCUGGAAUCCUGGGUGCUGUGGUGGGCGCCAAAACCCAGCCUCUACCUGGAGGGCAGGUGUCCCCAGAGCAGACCAGCCCUUCUCUACAUCCUCAGCCUGUCCCCAUUCCCUCUCCUGGCCAGAGGCCCCAUAUGCUGCUGGCUGCCCGGCUGAGUCCAGAGGCGGCCUGGUCCCACCAGCUGGCCCCUGCCCGCCCCCCAGCCUGAAUGGGAUUGCCUUAAAUCGGCAGGGGGUAGAGCAUCACUGCCCUUAGAGCUCUGACCCAAACUCCUACUUGUCCACCCUUCCCCAAGAGUGGCUCCUGCUUAACAUGCCUGGGCCCUGAAAACC